ACGAUGUAUGAAAAUGUGGUGUCAGUUUUGGUGCGAUUUCACAAGGUGCAUAUGGAAAGGAGUAAUGUGAAAGAGGAGGAUGUGCUGCGAUUGGUUAGCAUCUCAGGGCAGCUGAUGGCAUGGAUUGAUAAUGAUAAGCAGCGAUUGAAGGAUUUGCUGGAGUAUUUUAGAAUGGGUGGGAGGGAUCCUGUCAUCAACAAACUGUCACACAAGCUAUCGUCUGAAAUUGCGGCUUUUCGAGAGAAAUUGUCCGUGAAAGAAGGUGGCGGUGAUGUGAGCUUGGCAAAGGGACGCUCGGAGGCUCGCAGAAUCAACAGACGUUUCGUUGCUCGGUGUGUUGAAAUGUCGAACAAGGAUGGAAAGAACGGAAAUACGCAGUUAGGCAUAGAGGUGCCAUCGUUUGGAACAUCGCCGAAUGAGUUUGUGACAGCUGCCGGUGUAGCGCUGCUUUCGCUAGCGCAUCAACUCUCUGCCUAUGCGCAGGACACUCACAUGGCAACUGCUAUUGCCUCUGCUGCAAAAUUAGAAACAGUUGGUUGGUAUAUUCGAAGAGCUGUUAAUGAAAAGAUUAGUUCGACACUUGCGAUCCAAGAAGAUGGAUCCAGAAGCGGAGGGGAUCUAGAAGCGGAUCCAGGACCUAGUAGUAUCCACUCAGCUCGCCUUGAUGAUACUGACUUUGCUGCAAUAGUGCAACUGGAUGAAGCAAUGAUGCUGGUAGUUGAACCUGUUAUGGUGCUAGUUGCAGUCAAGGACAUUCCAUCUUGGUGGAUUGGGAAAUGUGCGGUAGCUCUGCAGGAGUGUUUUGUUGAUAAAGUGGGCGAUAUAAGCAAGCUUCCGGCUCCACUGUGUCGUCAACUCUCCGUUGACUAUGCUUAUCUGGCUGAUGUAUUCGAGGAUUUGGGAACAACGAAGAUAUCUGAUUUUGUAAUUAUGAGGCAAUCAUUCGUAGAUUCCGGAUAUUUUGAAUCAUCUCAGUAG